AUGAAACGCCCGGCUGCUAGUGUCGGGCAACAGCCAACAACGUGGCUUUUGUUCAUUAUACGUUUACAAAAAUAUUUCAAACUGCAAUAUUCCUUAACCAUAUUUAUUGUUUUUAUUGUUUUAACAUAUUUACGUAUUGUCAAUUAUACUCCUACGGUUCAAAUGAUAAUUACGAGAUCAGAAAUUAUUAUCGAGGAAGAAAUAAUUACUAUUAAUUUUACACUUUUGAAUAAAUGUAAUUCGCGUGAAAGCAAAUCAUUAUUUCGUUCUACUCCAUUAAAUAAUAAUGAUAGUCGACCGCAACCCACUAUCCAACGAUUGAACAAACUUUUUCGAAUUCUUAUUUCUCACGAGGAUCGAUAUCGGCAAAUAUUUAAUUAUUUAGGAAUAUUUCGUUUUAGUGAUUUCCGUAAUACAUUGCGUCCAUUGGCUAAUAACACCGAACGAUUAGAAAAUAUUUUAUGUCGUUUUCAACAAUAUAUGAAUAUAUCUGACGAUGGCCAUAUUGAUAUAAAACCAAGUUUCAUUGAUUAUUUACGACAAGUUUCGAUUUAUUUAUCGGACGGUUUCAAAAAUCAACAUUCAGCUUGGAAUAAAAUUUCAAAAGAUAAAAUCCAAAAACCAGUUAUCAUUCUUGCUGCCAAUGCUCAAUUUUACGAUACAUUACAAGCAUCAAUGCGUACUAUUAACGAACAUUUACAAAAUCACACCAUUGCUAUUUAUGAUCUUCAAUUUAAUCCAAAUCAAUUAAGUAUGAUCAAAGCGAAUUGUGACCGAUGCAUCAUCAUUCCAUUUCCAUUUGCUCAAAUUGAACCUGUUGCUGGACAUAUUCGAACUAUAGGCAAUUUUGCUUGGAAACCAAUCGUAAUUCAGGAUGCUAUACAACGAUUUGGUUCUAUUAUUUAUGGUGAUACAUCCAUUCGUUAUAAAACAUCAAAUUUCGAUCGUUUAUUGGUUGAUAAUUUAAUUCGUGGUUUUUCAUGUCGUGAAUUGCCUGGACAUUAUUUACCAUGUUUCACAUUAACCCGAACUUUUUCGUGGUUUAAUGAAACAUUUUCCACAUUUAAUGAUAUUUAUAUUGCUGAAGCAGGUUUUCUAGCUGUGACCGAUAAUUUUCUAUCACGUCUUAUACUUAAAACAUGGGUAACAUGUGCACUAGAUUCGAAUUGUAUAGCACCGUCGAAAUCAAAAAGUCAAUGUAAACGUGUGAGUGGUACGAGAAUUAUACAUCGUUAUGAUCAAUCAGCAAUGGUAACUGCGCUUUCGUUUUAUUUUUUUCCGAGUCCACGUCAAAACGAUAAAACGGAUCCAGCACCGUAUGAUAUGUAUACAUCAAUACAAGAAAAAGUAGCCGAAGUUCGACGUUUCGAAGGCGAUCAGAAUUAUUUUACCCGUCGACCAGCACUUCAAAUGCAACAGAACAGUUCAACAGCAACUGUAUAG